CUUUUCAGGCAUCAUGGACAAAUCUAAAGAAAACUGCACUUCAGGGCCGGUUAAGACUACAGUUCUACCUGGUGAGGGUCCAAAGCGUGUUCCGGUGACUCAACAAUUUCCUUCUCAGCAUCCGUUAUCUGCAAAUAGUGGCCAGGCUCAGCGGGUCUUGUGUCCUUCCAAUUCCUCCCAGCGAGUUCCUUCACAUGCACAGAAGCUUGUCUCCAGCCACAAACCGGCUCAGAAUCUGAAGCAGAAGCAAUUGCAGGCAGCCAGUGGCCCUCGCCCUGUCUCCAGACCACCGAAUAGUACGCAGAAGAGUGAGCAGCUCCAGCCACCAGCCCCUGGAAAUAACUCUGAAAAGGAACCGGCAUCAAAACAGAAAAAUGAAGAAUCGAAAAAAAGGCAAUGGGCUUUGGACGAUUUUGAAAUUGGUCGCCCUCUGGGUAAAGGGAAGUUUGGAAAUGUGUACUUGGCGAGAGAAAAGCAAAGCAAGUUCAUCCUGGCUCUGAAAGUCCUGUUCAAAGCCCAGCUGGAGAAAGCGGGCGUGGAGCACCAGCUGCGGAGAGAAGUAGAGAUCCAGUCCCACCUGAGGCACCCAAACAUUCUCCGGCUGUAUGGUUAUUUCCACGAUGCCACCAGAGUUUACCUAAUUCUCGAGUAUGCGCCUCGCGGAGCCGUCUAUAGAGAGCUUCAGAAACUGUCCAGGUUUGAUGAGCAGAGAACCGCUACGUAUGUCACGGAAUUGGCAAAUGCCCUGUCUUACUGCCAUUCAAAGAGAGUGAUUCAUAGAGACAUUAAGCCAGAGAAUCUGCUCCUUGGAUCAGCUGGAGAGCUUAAGAUUGCGGACUUCGGGUGGUCCGUGCACGCUCCUUCCUCCAGGAGAACCACGCUCUGCGGCACCCUGGACUACCUGCCCCCCGAGAUGAUUGAGGGCCGGAUGCACGACGAGAAGGUGGAUCUCUGGAGCCUUGGCGUCCUUUGCUAUGAGUUUUUAGUUGGGAAGCCUCCCUUCGAGGCGAGCACAUACCAGGAGACCUACAGAAGAAUAUCACGGGUGGAAUUCGCAUUCCCUGACUUUGUGCCAGAGGGCGCCAGAGACCUCAUUUCAAGACUGUUGGUGCAUAACCCUAACCAAAGGCUGACCCUGAAAGAAGUAUUGGAACACCCCUGGAUCACGGCAAAUUCCUCAAAGCCAUUAAAUAGCCAGAAAAGCCAGGAAUCCUCCAGCAAGCCCUCCUAAGACUCUUGCUGCCGG